ACGCGCUCCGUGGUGGAAAUAUCGCGAGAGGAUUUGGAGGAAGCUGUUACGGCGUGUGUUUGUGUAACAUGUUAGGAAAUGCAUGCCCUUUAAUGCAAUGACAGAGUCGCCUCCAUGGCGGGACGUAUGAAGAAGCAGUUGAAAGACGCAGUGAAGAUCCUCAGCUCGGGUAGCCUUCUGUUUGCCUCCUACCUCACUGCAGUCGGAGAUGAGCGUUUCUAUGCCAAUCAGCUGAUGCCUGUGCUGCAGAGGAUUGUGGGGGCAGAGACGGCGCAUGUGUUGGCAGUGAAAAUGAUUGGUCUGGGUCUGAUUCCUCUGAACCGCUACCAGGAUCCUGCAUCUUUGGAAGUGAACGUCCUGGGAUUAAAGUUCAAAAACCCGAUUGGGAUUGCGGCAGGCUUCGAUAAGCACGGAGAGGCCGUAGAUGGGUUGUACAAGGUGGGUUUUGGCUUUGUUGAAGUGGGCACAAUAACUCCAAAACCUCAGGAGGGGAACCCCAAACCACGUGUGUUUCGACUCACUACAGAUCAUGCAAUUAUUAACAGGUAUGGCUUCAACAGCUGUGGUUUGGCAGAAGUACAGGGGCGACUGAAGGCCAGGGGAGACACACAGCUACAGCAAAGUAAAGCUGGCCUUCCCCUCGGCAUCAACCUGGGGAAGAACAAGCUGUCCCAGGAUGCAGGGGCAGAUUACUUGGAGGGGGUGAGAGUGCUGGGCCCGCUGGCAGACUACCUGGUGGUCAACGUCAGUAGUCCUAAUACACCAGGUCUCCGGGAUCUACAGGGGAAGGCAGAGCUCCGCCAGCUCCUACAAACGGUGUUGAAGGAGCGUGAUGCCCUGCAGGGAGAACGCAAACCCCCGGUCCUGGUGAAGAUUGCUCCUGACCUCACUGCCCAGGACAAACAAGACAUUGCUGAUGUUGUCACUGAGCUGGCAGUGGACGGUCUAAUGGUGUCCAACACCACAGUGUCCAGACCAGAGACGCUUCAGGAUUCACAUAAAUCUGAGGUUGGUGGGCUGAGUGGCCAGCCUCUCAAAGACCUCUCUACUAGCACCGUGAGAGAGAUGUACAACCUCACCAAAGGUAAAGUACUAAUCGUUGGAAUCGGUGGUGUGGCCAGUGGGCAGGAUGCUAUGGAUAAGAUUCUUGCCGGUGCAUCACUGGUUCAGCUUUACACAGCUUUGACCUACGAGGGUCCGCCCGUUGUGACCAAGAUAAAGAGAGAAUUGGAACAACUUCUUAAAGAACAAGGUUUCAGCAGCGUGUCGGAGGCAGUUGGAGCAGGUCACAGGGGAGCAGAUGGUUCGGCUCAUAAGCAGCGCGUGCUGAAAGACAUGGCAAAUGUUAACACACUAAAUGCUACACAGCACCUGUAGGUGCCAUCUCCUCCAAACAGCCACCAUGAUCCGUAACUUUUCCUGAGCUGAUAUGAAUGCUGAGGAUUUGCGAUAUUCUGUCCGUCCGCCUUGAUUUCCAGGAUGAGAUAUGAUCUGAACUGGUAGCUGUUGAAACCAUAGUUUUGUUAUUUGUGGUGAGCAAAUGAUGAAAGCACCAAAUCUCACCUUUACUUGAACAUUAUGGCGAAGUCGGUUAUUAAAAGUCUUUGAUGUUGUAUUAAGAAGCGAAGCUGUGUUUGUAACCCUUUUUCAGACGUUCAUCCUUUGUUACAGUGUAACAGCAGGAAGUGCUUCUCAAGUGCAUAGUGACACCAAAGUGCUUGAACUCUUCAAACAAACAAACUUCACAGGCUUUUUUUUUUUUACAAACAUAUGCAAACUAUUGUCCAGUGUAUGAAGGCAAUAAUCUGACAUGAUGUUAAAUGCAUAUAAUAGCAAAUCUUGUUUGUUAUUCUGCGUUUUAGGAAUUGUCUAAUGCAGAAGUUCAAACAUGCAUUCAAAUGUUGACAUUGUGUUAUUCGCUGGGCAUGUACAAAUACAAAUGUACAAACCGUGUGCAAAAAACUUCACAAAGACAUAUUCAAGACGAUACUCCACAAAAAGAGGAAAGUCACAUCUCUGGCAACUGAUACACACUAGAUUUCUCAAAUACAACUGUCUUUAAAAGAUGUUUGUUCCAGUGUGGGAGAGACACAACUGGAAAUAAACUCCUAUUAUAGGAUGUUUAAAAAAAUAAAUGAUGGUUCUCUUUGAUAAA